GCACGCCCAAACAGUUUCUUCUCGUUCUCCUUCCAUUUUGUUUUCACACAAAAGUGAAAAAAAUAUCCGAAAAAGCAACAGACGCGUAUUCGGACCGAUCAACAAAAUUUCCACUAUACAGUACAUAUAAUAAUCAUUAGAUCGAAUUCAAACCAAGCCGCUUCGCCACGAAGGGCGCAAAAUUAGCACACGCAUAUAUACCGUAAACCCAAUAGCGCGUACCUUAUAGCGGAUAUAGCAUAUAGCAUCCUAUAUAGCGAUGGCGCAGAAUAUCAGCCCCGAACAGAGUGGUGGAGCCGGGGGCGGGGGCAGUAAGCAUAGCGAUGACUCUUUGCCCGUGAAAGACAAUCACGCCGUGAGUAAAAGACUGCACAAGGAACUGAUGAAUCUGAUGAUGGCCAAUGAGAAGGGAAUAUCGGCGUUUCCGGAUGGCGAGAACAUCUUCAAGUGGGUGGGCACCAUUGCGGGUCCACGGAAUACCGUGUAUUCGGGGCAGACAUACCGCCUGUCCCUCGAUUUCCCCAAUUCCUAUCCGUACGCAGCGCCCGUGGUCAAGUUCCUGACUUCCUGCUUCCAUCCCAACGUUGAUCUGCAGGGCGCCAUUUGCCUGGACAUUUUGAAGGACAAGUGGUCGGCCCUCUAUGAUGUGCGCACCAUUCUGCUGUCCAUACAAUCCCUGCUGGGCGAGCCGAACAAUGAGAGUCCACUGAAUGCGCAGGCCGCGAUGAUGUGGAACGACCAAAAGGAGUACAAAAAAUAUUUAGACGCCUUUUAUGAGAAACACAAGGACACCUAGAGUUUGGCGCUUGAAGAAGUCCUAUAUCCUAUGCUCAUAUUGCGGCGUAUUUAUUUACAUAUAGUGCAAGCAACUCCACUCAUCCGAUCCUACUGCCCAAUCAAUCAUCAAUCACCGAUACCACAUCGUUUCAUGCUGAUACUUCUUUGGCAAUACAAAAAACCCCGUGCAUUUCUUACGUAAUUGUCGAUCGAUAGUCGGAUAAUCUGGUUUAUAUUCUCAUUUUUCUUUCCUCCCCACAAAUUAAUGAUAUAUGAAUGUAUUGGUAAUGUAAUUUUAAAACUGUCCGUUCUUUAAGCUUAAGCAUAAAUUUUAGUUAAUUGUUUUUAUACGCAUGAUUUUGAAACGAGCGGGAGAUAUGUCAAAUCACCUCCACCUUUUGUACUGAUGAUUUUUAAGCGACUGUGCUGCGCCGGCCAUUAUGUGAAUGUUAGCUAAUUUUAGAGUAGCCUCACCGAACCAACCACUCGUCUUAGUAUUUCCAUUCAUGCGGCAUUCUCCCAAACUACUACUGGUGUAUUAAAUUCCAAGUAAUUCGAAUCAUUGUAACAGUUGAGUUAGCUUGAUGUUAUUGAAACCACAAAUAAAACUAAUUAUUGAACUACAAAA